AUGGGCGGGGCCCUUGACGACCGUUUGCUUGACAUAGCAAAUCAAACUUGUUUCUGCUGCUGGCUCGAGGUGGUUAUACCCAACAUUAAAAUGCCUUUUAACAUCGGGUUGGCUUUGUACUCCGGGGUUCGUCGUCUAUCGCAAAUGAAAGGACCUCCUCGGUGGAGCAUCGAAGCCGUAGGCAUUGAUACGGCAGGAAGGCUGUUGCAGAUCGAACCCGAAUGCCGCGAUCUAAGGAGCAUCAGACUAACUUGCUUCUCAAGUACUUCUGCCUUUCUCGAAAAUGCCAAGCAGCUAGGGUUAUCUCUCGGCGAUUUCAUUGAUGAUAAUUCCGAAUCGCCCUUUUGUUCAAGAGAUGUUCGCCGGUACCAACCUAUUUCUUACCAAACAUUGGCUGCAGAUCUCCAGCCCACCCCAGAGCAACUGAUGAUCCCCCACCAUCCCUAUCUUGACAUUGUACCAUUUCCCUCUUUUCGUGCCAAAGCAUUGGCAGCGAUUUCAUCCGGGACCCCAGAGUUCAGCGAGGAUGAGCUGUGUUUUGAUCUGGCGCACGAUAGCAUGCGCUGUUGGGGCUCGACGGCGACUUCUCUACAUGGCCGUGGAAAUGGGGCCCCUUGGGAUGCGCGCAGCUGGGAGGUCUCUCCCUGGUUCUUGAGAAAGUGGGGUUUCCUUGUUGGAAACGAGGAUGACACUAUCUAUCAAAAUAGUCUCUGGUGGUGGUCCCAGAGGUAG